GGAAGUUUGCGAUUCAUGGAUUAAAAGGAAUCGGGCACGAAUCUUGUCAGUUCAGCUGCCUUGAGGGUGUGGACGGAUUAUUUUGUGGGUGAUCCUGAGGGCGGUCCGAAUCUUCGCGAGUACGUUCAACAAGAUGAAGUUGUUGCGAGAAAAAGUUUCAUUGCUGCUGUUGUGCAUGAUGAGUUGCCCUCCUGUCCGUGGCCUCAACAAUUUGCCAGGAACAAAGUACCAUAACCCAAAGCUAUCGAUUCGAAGUCAAGCCAAGGCAGCAACGUUGCUACUCAAGUAAAUUGAGUCUGAUGAUUGUGAAUGCAAGAUGAGAAGACAACAUGAAAUAGGUUGCAUGGUGGAUGCGACAACUCCUCUUCCUCUUGUUUGUCUUCACCGACUUCUUCAUACGUCGACUCGAAUGUUUGCUCCUCUUCUCAGGUCUCAGCAGUUGUUGACUGUCUGCUGUGCAGUCUUCCAUCCCUUCAAGCAGCGCUUUCAACUGUCUGCCAUAUCAGCAGGGAGGGCGAAAGCAAGGUUGGGUUGGCCGGGUGAUGAGCGAGCUGCAGUUGAGAUGGUGACAGCGCAAGACGGAGACUUGUUGAGUUUCACCAGGAUCACAUGGAAUGCCCUCCGAGACGCAAAGGAACUGAAGACAAUCGAAGACCCCGUGAGUUUGCCCUGAUUGCUACGCGAGAUGCAGAGAUGUCAUGAUACCAUCAGAGGUCGGGCGAGAAGAUCUCCAAAGACAAGUUUCAUGAAAACUACGCUUUGAUUCUCGAAAAGAUGGAUGGAUUUGGGAAGUACGCCGACAGAUACAUCAGCAUGUUUUAUGAACGGUGAGGUACAAUUAAAGGGGUUGGCUCUGAUCAAUGAAUGCCUGUUAGAGAUGUU